GCCGACUAUGUUUUUUAUUCGACUAUGUUUUUUAUUCGAUCAAGAUAGUGAUCCUUGAGAGGCUUUAUAGAGCCAUAUAUAUGUGUGUGUUGAUCCUUCUUCUCUAAACAGAAUAAAUCUCAAAUUAGAGGUGAAUUAUUAAUUUAUCCCUAAAGCACCAUGAUUAAGAAGCUAAGCAUUAUGGACUACAACCGGGAGAGAUGUGGUCAAUACAUCGAAACUCUUGAAGAAGAACGUCGAAAGAUUCUUGUCUUCCAACGUGAACUUCCUCUUUGCUUAGACCUCGUAACCCAAGCAAUCGAGAGGUGUAAGAGGGAAAUAACGGAGACGGGCACAUAUAAUGUGUACGGACAAUCAGAAUGCUCCGAGCAAACAACCGGACAAUGUACGCCUGUCUUGGAACAAUUUUUUAACAUCAAAGACUCAUCGACCUCCAAUGAAGAAGAGGUAGAAGAAGAAUUAGAGGAUGAGCAGGGUAAUCACGACCCCGAAAAUGAUUCUGAGGACAAGAACAUGAAGUCUGAUUGGCUUAAGUCUGUUCAGCUCUGGAACCAACCAGACCCGCUUCUUCCAAAAGAGGAACAGUCGCAACAGAUGAUGGAGACGGUGGUGAAGAGAGAUGAAAGUAUGAGAGAAGAUCCAAUGGCUAACAGUGGCGAACGAAGGAGAAGAGAGACGGAGAGAAAGCAAAGAAGGUGUUGGUCUUCGCAGUUGCAUAGACGCUUCUUGAACGCUCUCCAACACUUAGGUGGACCUCAUGUAGCUACGCCAAAGCAAAUAAGGGAGUUUAUGAAGGUUGAUGGAUUAACAAAUGAUGAAGUUAAAAGCCAUUUACAGAAAUAUAGACUGCAUACAAGAAGACCAAGCCAAACAGUCCCUAACAACGGGAACUCUCAAAAGCAACAUUUCGUAGUCGUCGGGGGUUUAUGGGUACCACAAUCUGACUACUCUACGGGAAAGACCACCAGAGGAGCCACCACUAGCGGCACUACCACGACAACGACCACAACCGCCGGGAUCUACGGAGCAAUGGCCGCACCACCAGCGCCACAGUGGCCGAGCCACUUCAAUUUUACGCCGUCUAUUAUUGUGGAAUAAGGAUCGGGAGGCCAUAGCGAAGAGGUGGUAGUCCGAUGUAGCUCGCCGGCGAUGUCUUCCUCUACUCGCAAUUAUUAUGUCACUAAAAAUUAAUUAAUUUGUUUUUACGUACCCUCUCUAAUGUAUCGAUUCAUUUUUAUUGUACUGUUAUUGUGUCCCAUGUUAGAAAAUGUGAUACCGUGACGGAAUGAGUGUAUAGACUAUAGAGUUUUGCACCGGAAACAAUACUAUAUAUUAAUA